AUGCAGGCUAAUGUAUGCCAUGCAUACCAAAUACUGAAGAAAGGUGGACUGAAAGAUGAGAACAUCAUUUUUUUCAUGUAUGAUGAUAUUGCGUUCAACCCGGAAAAUCCUAGACAAGGUGUCAUCAUCAACAAACCAAAAGGCCAUGAUGUUUAUAAAGGAGUUCCCAAGGAUUAUACAGGGGAUGACGUUAAUGCAGACAAUCUUUAUGCCGUUAUUCUUGCAAACAAAAGUACCCUCAGUGGAGGUAGUGGGAAGGUUCUGCGUAGCGGUCCAAAUGACCAUAUUUUCAUAUAUUACACUGACCAUGGUGCUGCAGGAUUACUUGGGAUGCCUACUGGUACUCCUUCGGUUUUCACAAUAGACCUCAUAGAUGUGCUCAAGAAGAAGCAUGCUGCUAAAGGUUACAAAAGCAUGGUAUUUUACCUUGAAGCUUGCGAGUCUAGGAGUAUAUUUGAAGGCCUCCUUCCAAAGAAUGUAAGCCUGGCUCCGCCUACAUCAGCAAAUGCAGAAGAGGAUGGGUAUGCAACAUACUGUCCUGGUCAACCUGGUAUUCCUGCUGAGUAUGAUAUCUGUUUGGGGGACUUGUUCAGUAUUUCCUGGAUAGAGGAUUGUGACAAAAAUGAUUUGCGUAAAGAAACAUUGGAGAAGCAAUAUGAAAGGGUUCGAAGAAGAACAAAUGAUUCUCAUGUUAUGCAGUAUGGAGAUAUGAGUCACAGAAAGGAGUUCCUCUUAACUUACAUGGGUGCAGAUCCUGCAAAUGAUAGCUACACUUCCAUGGAAGAUAUCUCUUCACCAUCAAUCUCAAGGGUUGUUAACCAACGUGAUGCAGACCUCCUUCAUCUUCAUCACAAGUUCCACAAAGCUCCUACUGGCUCUCAUACCAAACUGGAAGCCCGAAAGCAGCUGCUCGAUGAAAUUGCUCAUAGGAAACUUGUGGACUACAGAAUAAAUAAAAAAAUAGGGGAGCUUUUGUUUGGACAUCAGAAGAGCUCAAAAGUGUUGCUUAAUGUUAGGCCUCAUGGGCAACCUCUAGUAGAUGAUUGGGAUUGCUUCAAGAUGCUUGAAAGUCCUUCUCCUAUGAGGACUUACGAGAACAACUGUGGACCUUUAUCAAAUUAUGGAAUGAAAUACGCACGAGCUAUUGCCAACAUGGCCAACGCUGGGGUAGCCAUAGAGAAUAUGGCUGCAGCAUCUGAUCAAACUUGUUCUAAGAAACCCGAUGUCUAG